CCCCCGGGGCCUAGCGAUCUCCUUCGCCAGCCGCGUGGUCCGGGUCCGACUUCCGGUGUUAACGCCAUGUUAGUGACGUCACCGGAAGCGGACAUCGGCACUUCCGGCUUGGCAGAUUCCCGCGCGGUCGCAAGGACAUCGGCUCCCGGGGCAACGCCACUUGCAGGUGAGCACCGAGAGCCGUCCUUGGCCGUUGGCGGGUUAUCAGUGGGGGGUCGGAGGGGCAUUAGCAGCGCAAGCAAACAGCGCAAGCGAACAGCACAUUUGAACGUUAAUCCUCAGGGGCAUCAAAGGGGUCGCUCCAUCAUAAGAGGUAGUACCAGGCAGAUAGCCAGUGAUAGGGGUAGGGGGACACGCAGAGUUAACCCUUCCAGGGCAAUGAGGCCAUUACAGUUUUUACAAAUGGGAGAUAACGCAAAUGCUGUUCAGCAGGCCGCUCCCGAUAUUAUUAACCCACACAGGGCUGAUAGUGGUUUAGUACAAGCGGCCGCUCAGCCGCAUGAUAUUGUCAUUAAUACACAUAUGUCUGAUAAUAGUCUGCAUGUGAAUCAAGGCAAUGAUCGCAGUAUGCAUGUGAAUCAAAACAUUGAGCAUCAUUUACCGUCUCAUCAUUUACCAUCCCCCAUUGGUGUGAAUGCGGUUUUGAAUGGUGUGAACGUACAAGCAGCAACUCAGGGAUAUAAUACACCCCUGGUUGGCAUACAUAAUGCAAAUGUGCAAUCUUUAGGCCAGCUACAACAUCCCAUUAUGUUAGGCAUACAAGGAGUACAACCCCUUGCUCAGGGUAUCCACUCCCCCAUUGCAGCCACGCAGGGCGCUCAUGCACACUCAUUAAACCAUGCACAAUCAAUAAGCCAGGCAAGCCAUAACCCUAUUGUAGACCAGCAGGGUGUGAAUGCUCAGACAUCUGCGAAUGGACAGUCAGCGAGUCAGGGGUUUCAUACACCGCUUCAUAUAGCUCAUCCACCCCUUGCUACUGAUAAUCCAGACACAUCCAUUGGGCAAAGUGCUCGCCAAAUUCUUUCUCUUUUGCAGGGGGCAAUUGGAUCACAAAGUGCAGAAAAAACACGGACCAACACUGCCACAGUCAUGAGUGGGGCGGAUGCAGGAGUAGCAGGCAGCAUUACAGCAGGAGCAGCAGCCACCACUUCCACUGCACAGCAAGGGUCUUCAGGACUCGCCCUCCAAAACCAGCAAGCAGGCCAGCCCGUUUCCAGCAUGGGUCAGGGACCUCCUGCCAUUAGUCACGCUCGUCCUUCCUGGAUAGCCUUACUGCCGUUGGUCCGCUCCUCCUUAGCACCAUCCACUUGGCACGCCUAUGCCCGCAUGUGGUCUGAAUGGGACAAUUUCUGUGCGUCCAGGGGAGCCGACGCUGCUCAGGGGUCUAGGGACAACUUACAUGAUUGGCUGGCACUACCCCCGGGGUGAAGCGAAUCUGGAUUGUGGGCCACUCCUUUGUCCACUGGGCCUCCCUACGCUGUGCGUCCCUCCCAUUUGGCCAAUCCCUAGGUCUCCCUCCCAACAAGGCAUCCGUUAGGUGG